GGUUCACUCAGUCUCAGCAUCACUAGCAGAGCCAUUUUGGCUUCUACAUUACAGGGCACUCAAAGAUCUCUCCUCCAAGUAGCCUCCCUCCUUACAAGCAGGCCUCAACAGGCAUCCAGAACAAAUAAAGGAUCCUUUGUUAAACGAGGGAAAAUCAGAUUGUUUUUGACAUAUCAGAGGAAGAGCUCAAGAAAAAGAUUUUGAGAAGCCAGCGCAAGAGACAGUACUUGGAGCUGAUCUGUCGAGUCAAUAGCUGAGAGCAUCAGAGGGUCUCCAUUGUAAAGGUGUGAGCACUGACCUGGGCUUUUAAAGGAGUGCUCUCAGCACACACACAGAGGCACCAUGGCAGGGGCCUCGGUGAAGGUGGCGGUGAGAGUUCGGCCCUUCAACUCUCGUGAAAUCGGUAAAGAUUCCAAGUGCAUCAUCCAGAUGUCAGGAAACACAACCACCAUCAUCAACCCCAAAGCACCCAAAGAAAACAAAAGCUUCAAUUUCGAUUACUCCUACUGGUCACAUACCUCGCCAGAAGAUAUCAACUUUGCCUCCCAGCAGCAGGUGUACAGAGACAUUGGAGAGGAGAUGUUACUUCAUGCCUUUGAGGGCUACAAUGUCUGUAUUUUUGCAUAUGGCCAGACCGGUGCCGGUAAAUCCUAUACCAUGAUGGGUAAACAGGAGAAGGACCAGCUGGGGAUCAUUCCACUGCUGUGUGAGGACCUUUUCACCAAGUUUAAUGACAACAACACUGAUAACAACAUGUCCUAUUCUGUGGAGGUUAGUUAUAUGGAGAUUUACUGCGAGAGGGUACGAGAUCUUCUGAACCCCAAAAACAAAGGAAAUCUGCGUGUGCGAGAGCACCCAUUACUGGGCCCAUAUGUAGAAGAUCUGUCCAAACUCGCUGUCACAUCAUAUAAUGACAUUCAAGACCUGAUGGACUCAGGGAAUAAGGCUAGGACAGUAGCUGCCACUAACAUGAAUGAGACCAGCAGCCGUUCUCACGCUGUCUUCAACAUCAUCUUCACCCAGAAGCGGCAUGACUCAGAAACAGACAACACUUCAGAAAAGGUCAGCAAAAUCAGUCUGGUGGAUUUAGCCGGCAGUGAGAGAGCAGACUCCACUGGAGCCAAAGGCACACGGCUCAAGGAAGGGGCAAACAUCAAUAAAUCACUCACUACCCUGGGAAAAGUCAUUUCAGCUCUGGCUGAGGUGGAUUCUGGCUUAAACAAGAACAAAAAGAAGAAGAAAGUGGAAAAUUUUAUUCCUUAUAGGGAUUCGGUACUGACCUGGCUACUGAGAGAGAACCUUGGUGGCAACUCUCGCACUGCAAUGGUGGCCGCUCUGAGUCCAGCCGACAUCAACUAUGAUGAAACCCUCAGCACUCUCAGGUAUGCGGACAGGGCUAAACAGAUCCGUUGUAAUGCUGUGAUCAAUGAAGAUCCUAAUAACCGUCUGGUGCGUGAACUGAAAGAAGAGGUGGGACGUCUGAAGGACCUCCUCUAUGCCCAGGGCCUGGGUGACAUCAUUGAGACGUUUCGGGGGCCAGUUGAAGAUUUUGCUGGUUUGAAAUACAUAUCCGAUUACAAGAACAAUAACAAUAGUGGCCAAGAUGUCAAUCAAAGAGGUGAUCUCUCCACAGUGACCAAUGCUAUGACUGGGAUGAGCCCCUCUCCAUCUCUCUCCGCCCUGUCCAGCCGGGCUGGUUCCAUCAGCAGCUUGCACGAUCGCAUCAUGUUCAGCCCAGGGAGCGAGGAAGCCAUUGAGAGACUCAAGGAAACGGAGAAAAUCAUUGCUGAGCUCAAUGAAACGUGGGAAGAGAAGCUUCGCCGUACAGAAGCCAUCAGAAUGGACAGAGAAGCACUGCUGGCCGAGAUGGGUGUGGCCAUGCGUGAGGAUGGAGGAACUGUUGGAGUCUUUUCACCAAAGAAGACACCCCACCUGGUGAACCUGAAUGAAGAUCCUCUGAUGUCUGAGUGUCUCCUAUAUUACAUCAAAGAUGGAAUUACUCGGGUGGGGAGAGAAGAUGCCAGCAGUAGACAGGACAUUGUUUUGAGUGGUCACUUCAUCAAAGAGGAACACUGCACUUUCACCAGCACCACUGGGCCAAUGGGAGAAGCUGUCAUUCUCGAGCCGUGUGAGGGAGCAGAAACGUAUGUAAAUGGGAAGAGAGUAACAGAACCCACUGUUCUCAGAUCAGGAAACCGAAUCAUUUUGGGCAAGAGCCAUGUGUUCCGCUUCAACCAUCCAGAGCAGGCUCGUCAGGAACGUGAGCGCACCCCCUGCUCUGAGACCCCAAUGGAGCCUGUAGACUGGGCUUUUGCUCAGAGAGAACUCCUGGACAAACAGGGCAUUGAUAUGAAACAGGAAAUGGAUCAGAGACUGCAGGAACUUGAGGAUCAGUAUCGCAAGGAGAGAGAAGAAGCCAACAAUCUAUUGGAGCAACAGAGAUUAGACUAUGAGAGCAGGCUAGAAGCACUGCAGAAGCAGGUAAAUCGUUGUUACCCUGAUGUAGCAGAGGACGAUGAAGAACCUGAGGAGGAAGUGCAAUGGACUGAGAGGGAGACAGAACUGGCGUUGUGGGCUUUCCGUAAAUGGAGAUGUUAUCAGUUCACAUCUCUAAGAGACAUGCUUUGGGGCAAUGCCAUCUUCCUCAAGGAGGCCAAUGCCAUUAGCGUGGAGCUAAAGAAGAAGGUUCAGUUUCAGUUUGUUUUAUUGACGGACACACUUUACUCUCCACUUCCGCCUGACCUGUUACCACCUGAGGCUGCUAAAGACAGGGAGAAGAGUCCGUUCCCUCGCACCAUUGUGGCCGUAGAAGUCCAAGAUCAGAAAAAUGGAGCCACACAUUACUGGACCCUGGAGAAGCUUAGGCAGAGGUUGGAUCUAAUGAGGGAGAUGUAUGAUCGUGCUGCUGAGGUACCCAGCAAUGCUCUUGAAGACUGUGACAGUGUGCUGACUGGAGGUGACCCCUUCUACGACCGGUUUCCCUGGUUCCGUCUGGUUGGAAGAAACCCCCUUUUCUCCACAUGCCUUAGUGAGCAAGCGAGCGACUCUAACUCCUCCCCCACCCCCUCUGAGCCCACAUCAACCUCUGAACUCACUGAGCUGGUCCAGUCAUGGUCGGACAAGAAGGUGGGGACAGAUUUGGAUGACUUGGACGAUGAUUUCUACUUGGAUGACCCAUACUGGGAUUUAGAGGAGGAGGAGGAGGGGGAGGAUGAUGAUGAUGAUGAUGAUGAUGAGGGAGAGCUCUGCAGAAGCUCCAGCAAGGCUGAGGACCCGUUUUAUGAUCGCUCACCAUUGUUCAGUGUAUUGGGAAGGGCUUUUGUGUAUUUGAGUAAUCUGCUCUAUCCUGUGCCCCUGGUACAUCGGGUUGCCAUUGUCAAUGAGAAGGGAGAGGUCAAAGGUUUCCUCAGAGUAGCUGUACAAGCAAUAUCAGGUGCUCUGGUUUUUCCUCCAGCUGAUGAAGAGGCACCAGACUAUGGCUCUGGUGUCCGACAAUCAGGCACUGCCAAGAUUUCUUUUGAGGACCAACAGUUUGAGAAGUUCCAGUCAGAGUCCUGUACUUCUGGUCUUUCCUGUGCUGGCGUUUCUCAGGAAGAACUCCGAAUUGUGGAGGGUGAGGGCCAGAAUGCAGAGAUGGGACUCUCAGCGGAUGAAGUCAACAAUAAUACCUGUUCAGUUAACCCAGAAGAGUUGGACAGCCCUGUAAAAACAGGUUUUGAUGGCUUACUGGACGGUGCUCUGGAUCACUUGAGGAUUGGAGAAGUCUUCACAUUCAGAGUUACUGUGCUGCAGGCAUCAAGCAUAUCCGCAGAGUACGCAGACAUAUUCUGCCAGUUCAAUUUUAUUCACAGGCACGAUGAAGCGUUUUCCACAGAGCCGUUGAAGAACACUGGACGUGGUCCACCACUUGGCUUCUAUCAUGUGCAGAAUAUUGCCGUGGAAGUGACCAAGUCCUUUAUAGAGUACAUAAAGACUCAGCCGAUUGUGUUUGAAGUCUUUGGACAUUACCAGAAGCAGCCUUUCCCUGCGCUCUGCAAGGAUCUCAUUAGUCCAUUGCGCCCAUGUAGACGGCAGUUCCCGAGAGUCAUGCCUCUUUCCAAACCAGUACCUGCCACCAAACUGACAGCUCUCACACGACCCACAGCAGGACCGUGCCACUGUAAAUACGACCUGAUGGUCCUCUUUGAAAUCUGUGAGCUAGAGGCCAAUGGAGACUAUAUCCCAGCCGUAGUGGACCAUCGGGUUGGCAUGCCCUGCCAUGGCACAUUCAUGUUACAUCAGGGCAUCCAAAGGAGAGUUACAGUCACCAUAGUACAUGAGUCAGGAAGAGAUAUCGAGUGGAAGGAAGUGCGAGAGCUGGUUGUAGGGCGCAUCCGGAACACACCUGAAGCAGAUGAGGCGAUCAUCGACCCCAAUAUUCUCUCUCUCAACAUACUGUCUGCAGGAUACAUUCGACCCACACAAGAUGACAGACAGUUUCUUGAUUCGGACAUGCCUAGCAUUUCCUUGGGGACUGAUUCUAGGACAUUCUUCCGUUUUGAUGCUGCUUGGGAUUCAUCCAUGCACAACUCUUUGCUGCUAAACCGUGUCACUCCUUAUGGAGAGAAAAUCUACAUGACUCUGUCUGCUUACUUGGAGAUGAAGAACUGCACACAACCCACAGUGAUAACCAAAGACUUAUGCAUGGUGUUCUACUCACGAGACGCCAAGCUCCCGGCAUCUCGCUCCAUCAGAAACCUCUUCAGCAGUGGCACCUUGAGGCCAUCUGAAGGAAACCGUGUAACUGGCGUGUAUGAGCUCAGUCUGUGCCACCUGGCUGAUGCAGGGAGCCCAGGGAUGCAAAGACGGCGCAGGAGGGUGCUGGAUACGUCGGUGGCGUAUGUGCGAGGGGAGGAGAACCUGGCUGGCUGGAGGCCCCGCAGUGACAGCCUCAUCCUGGACCAUCAGUGGGAGCUGGAGAAAUUGAGCCUCCUGCAGGAGGUGGAGAAAACUAGACACUACCUCCUCCUUAGGGAGAAGCUGGAGUCCACCCUGCUGCUGGGCCAGGAGUCGCUGCUGUCCUGCGGGAGUGAAGAUCUAACCGAGUCCUCUUCCCCAUCCACCCACCUGGGCCUGGGCCACAGCCCCGGCCCUGGCCCCGAAACACCCAACGAGAGGCAGAAGGAGCUGGCUGCAAAGUGUCUGCGUUUGCUUAACCACACCUUUAACAGGGACUACAGCCAUGUGUGUGUUAGCGCCAGUGAGAGCAAGCUGAGUGAGAUGUCAGUAACUCUUUUGAAAGACUCAACCUCAGUGUCUGUUGAAAACACUAUCACGCCGUCCUCCACAUGUCCAUCUCUUGUGGAGGGACGCUACGGCCACAGCACUGAUCUCAGACCCCCAACACCUCGAUCUCGUGCUGUCAGCCCCAUCCCUGAGUCUGACACAGAGGGCAAGAAGUCUCCUCAACUGUCCAGAUCAAGGACCCACACUUUCGUGCCAGAUAUUCAGGAAAUCCGUGUCAGCCCAAUUGUGUCAAAGAAAGGUUAUUUACACUUCCUGGAGCCCCACAGCAAUGGCUGGGUCAAGAGAUAUGUGGUGGUGCGCCGACCUUACGUCUACAUCUACAACACAGAGAGAGACACAGUGGAAAGGGCCAUUCUUAACCUGUCCUCGGCACAAGUGGAGUACAGCGAAGAUCAGCAGGCCAUGCUGAAGACCCCCUACACGUUUGCGGUAUGCACAGAGCAUCGUGGGAUACUCCUUCAAGCCAGUAAUGACAAGGAGAUGCAUGACUGGCUGUAUGCCUUCAACCCUUUGCUUGCUGGAUCUAUCAGGUCUAAACUGUCUAGAAGAAGAGCCGGGCAAAUGAGGUUUUGAGCCCACCACAUGUACAACUCUUCGAGGACAAAAAACACUAAGGACUACUUGUAAAUAGAUCUACUGACAGAUCCCCCAGUUUCUGUGCUCAAUCAACUCUCUGACCCUCUGUUUCCUUCAUGUGUGUACCUGCACCUGCCCACACUAGCACCAACUGUGCACCUGUAUCUUAAAGGCCCCUUUGUUGCGCAUUUACAGUGGCCUAAAUAUUCAACUUAUAGCACCAACAGAACAGGCUAACUACUUUUUUCGGGUUAGAGAUAGUAUGCUAAUGUAGUCUUCAGCAACAUUUUAGAAAGUUUGACAAUUCUGAAGCCGUCAGCUCAUGCAAACACAUCUAAAUUUGGUACUGUGAAGAGUGAAAUCCAUAUCUUGAGGAUCCCAUGGCCUUAUUGUGCUACUCGACUUGCAAGUCUAUGGGUUUAAAGCUGGUCGGAAUUUAAGUCAGCAGACCGUGUGUUUAUUUAUCUCUUGGCUAUGGAAGAUAGAAUUGAUCAAUGAUAAGCAGUUCUUGGCAAGGAGCAGAUGAAUCACAUCAUAUUACGCUCUUACUCUCUUUAAGUGCAGUUCUUGGACACAGUACAGCCCACUAUAAAUACUCAUAUACCUCUAUAAUGUCUCCCUUGUAAGGCCUUGAAAUGCAGUUUUCAAAAUAAUCAGGGAAAAUUUGGCAAUGGGAAAUUCGCUGUAUGAGGACCAUUAUAAAGAUUUGGCCUAUUUUUGUUGGAGUACACUGGUCAGUAGAUUUAUCUAAAAUGUAUCAUAAUCCAGUCUAAUAUUUUAUAUAAAAAAUGACCGGUAUCCCCAAAUUAUCUUAUAUCUGUCUAAUUUAUUUUUACAAUUUCUAUUAAAGUCUUAUCUAGUUAGGUAUUUAUUUAACAUGUUUUUAUUUAUUUCAGCAUGUAUUUAUUGACAAAGACUGUAAUAUUUUUUGAAGAAGUACAGUGCAAUUUCUGCACAUGACACUUUUUUUUUUUUAUCAUGAGUUGACUAAGCUCCAUUUUGUGACCGCACUGCUCUCAUUCCCCCAACAUGACGAAAUGCAUUUGGGGAACAGGUUAGAAGUGAAUGCUGGGAUAGCUGCUAUAACAUGUAGAUUACUUGAAUUUUACUUUUUAGAUGUUAGUUUUGCUUCAGGUAGAGAAAAAUUAUCAUUAUUGCCCAGAAUCCUACAUGAGUGUUGGUACAGUGGUCAGUUUUUUAGAAAAUGGAAGGUUUAGAAGUUUGUUAGAACAAAUGAAAUGUACAGUACUGAUGAAAUUUUAUAGACUCACCCCAGAGAGUGACGAGAUAUGAUUUGUGCCUCUUGCAUCAUCAAUUUUCAUCAUCCACUUUCAGUACCACCCUUUCUCUUUGUGUGUAAUCAUUCUUGUGCACAGGCAAAAUCAGUUUUAAUUAGUUUUUAGAUCGUUUUCAUAUUGCACAUGCCCAACAAAUGACUAGGUUUUGAGAUUUAUAAGCAUAUCUACUGUAGAUGGUGUAAAUUAUUUUUUUCCUCAACUGAUUUCUUGCAAAUGAACAAAAAAAAUGUACUUAUUCACCCAGAAACAUUUUUUUUCAUUGUAGGUUUUCAUCAUGAACUCCAGAAAUAAGCCCUUCUAUUGUUCCUAACAUCAUUUUGGACCUAUUUUUUUGUGAUAAAAAUCAUAUAAAAUAUGUGAGGAGCUGAUAGAUGGCAACAUGAUACAUUUUAAACACCAUUUUUUGGUUUUAAAUUUGUCACAGGACGGAUUGUUGUGCUUAUUUCCAAUUGGCAAACCCCCUCAAAAACAGGAAGCCAUCUGAGCUGAGUUCGCUGAGAGUUGUUCAAUUUCAGCCGAACUAUGGAAUAUGAAACAACACUUGAGUAAUAUAAUACCAGCAGCUGUGAUUUAGACACUUUUUGUGACAAAGCAUUUGCUAGCAGGUGGAGUCCUGUAGGCCAUACCUUGACUUAGGCAGUUUCUGGAGCAGAGCUCAUGCUUUCCAGAUGGCUUAUAAUGUCAGAUGAUUGGAUGAUCCUGCAAGUUGCCUAACUAACUCAAGCAUGUUCAGUGCAUAGAUCAAUUGUUUGCAAAUCACCCGAGGUUCCUCCAGGGCAGCACGAUUCAGGCACAUGUGUAUGACUGAGGCCAGCCAACCUACAGCACAUGCUCAGUACAGCAAGAAUCUGAAACCCUGAACAAACCUCUACUGUAAGCAUUGAUAUGUCUAUGAAUUCUACAUUUCUAAUUCCAAAAAUCAGUUACUAAUAUGGGUGCUAGGAUGGUAUUCUGUUUCUGUGAGUAAAAGCAGAAAGCAUAUCCCUGAUAUGCUUCUCAAACCCUAAAGGUUCUCUGUUCAUGCACCUUUUCUUUUUUUCAUACACUGUAUGUCAAUCAGCUUCACUUUACUUUCAUGACCAGGUCAGAGUAAAUAUGAACAAUGCCACUACCUUUAUAAACUAGUGCAUAUGUUAAUAGUAAUAGCAGGUGUGUCAAUAAAAUUAUUUAAAAAAAUAUAUAGUUCAACUAUUCACUUUCAGUUUUAGUACAUACUGUACAAGCAAAUGUAAAUUGUCUUAGUUUUUGUCUGUGCACCUUGUAGAAAGUAAUGCAGAGAGCUGGAUUGUACAUGUUAUAGCCUGUCCUAUACCAUUUCUACUAGCAAUUUCCAUAAAACAUCGCAUUAUCAUGUUUCCACGCUAAAAACAUUGCAUCCAUUUUACCACCUCCCAAAGUAUAAGAAUGAAUCAGUUCUCAUAAUCGACACCAAAUAUCUGUGUGCUUCCAUUCGCCUCUUAUGCACAGACUCCAUUCAUGAGCAUUCUUUUUCUGUCGUUUUCGCAGUUUUACUUGCCUUGUAUAUAAACAUGAUUGCUGUGAAUGGUGUAAUAUGCAGUUGUAACCGGUUUGUACCAUCUUCAGUGGGCAGUAGUUCAGUGUCUCUUUCUGAGUGUUGGAAUUAUGAGUCAAAUGUUUGUGUACACUUAACACAUUGUCAGAUAUGAAAUAAAUGUGGAACUUAUGCAACACGA